AUGCCCAAGGAAGCAAAGGCCAAGAAAGCCCCCAAGGGCCGCACCGAGAAGAAGAAGAAGGACCCGAACGCCCCCAAGCGUGGUCUCUCCGCCUACAUGUUCUUCGCCAACGAGCAGCGUGAGAAUGUCCGUGAGGAGAACCCAGGAAUCACCUUCGGUCAAGUUGGCAAGGUCCUCGGUGAGCGAUGGAAGGCCCUGAACGACAAGCAGCGGACCCCCUACGAGGCCAAGGCGGCGCAAGACAAGAAGCGUUACGAGGACGAGAAGGCAUCCUACAAUGCUGAUGCAGAGGAGGAAGAGUCUUCUUAG